AUGAAUUCAACAGAAGUCAUUGAAGAGAUGCAGUACUGUUUUCAGCACCUGAAAGGAUCAUGUCCAAAAGUACGCAGGCUUGCAGUUAUUAAAGUUGCUAUGUACGUGUUUAUGGCUGGAACAAUAUUUGUGGCAGUAUGUGGAAAUUGUAUGGUGAUUAUUUCCAUUUCACAUUUCAAACAACUUCAUUCUCCAUCUAAUUUCCUUAUCCUUUCUUUAGGAUGUGUUGAUUGCUUGCUAGGAUCACUUAUUAUGCCUUACAGCAUGAUAAGAUCUGUAGAAAGCUGCUGGUAUUUUGGAGAAAUAUUUUGUGCAAUACAUUCCAGUCUUGAUAUGAUGAUGUCAAUAGCAUCUAUUUUACAUCUUGGUUUCAUUGCUGCUGAUCGAUAUUUUGCAAUAUGUGAUCCUCUAAGGUAUAGAAAUAAAAUGACCAUGUUUAAUAUAACUCUUUUUAUUGUUAUAAGCUGGCUUUUUUCUUUUGCAUUUGGUUUUGGGGUGGUGCUCUCCAAGGUUAAUUUAGCAGGCAUUGAGGAGUUUGUUGUUUCAAGCUCUUGUGUUGGCGCAUGUAUUGUAAUUCUUAAUAAAGAGUGGGGGAUGCUGUCUGCAUCAGUAGCAUUCAUUAUUCCAGGAACAGUGAUGAUAUCGCUUUACAUAAAGAUAUUUUUUGUUGCUAGAAGGCAUGCCAGAGUCAUAAAUGCAGCAGCUCCAGUUGAUGAUAAAAGCAGCAUAGCUGAUAAAAGGGAAAAAAAAGCUGCAAAGACAUUAGGUAUCGUAAUAGGAGUUUUCCUCCUCUGUUGGUUACCGUUUUUUAUUACUAUUAUUAUUGAUCCUUUCAUUGAUUUUUCUACACCUGUAAUUGUAUUUGAUACCCUCAUGUGGUUAGGCUACUUUAAUUCUGCCUGCAAUCCCAUGAUUUAUGGAUUUUUUUAUCCCUGGUUUCAGAAAGCCUUUAAAAUAGUUGUAACAGGGAAGGUUUUCUGUGUUGGUUCUUCAUCAAUAAAUAUCUUCACAGACAAAUAUUAA